AUGCAGAACGAGCUCUUACCCCGCAUCAUAGUCGAACGAGAAGCCGACUGGAUACGCGUCCAAGGCAACUCUGACGCAGCACUUCAAUCCGCCCUCGAGGCCCGUCUCUCCGCCUUGCCAGGAGGCAGCAAGGGUGAUGCUGCCCGUCGUGUCCGCCCUGCGCUCGAGGAACGUCUCAAGGCGCUGCAGGCGCGCAUGUGGGAGAUGGCCAAGCCCAACCUUCGCGUGAAUGGUUUCAAUUAUGAAGACUUUGUGGAGACAACCGAACCCUUUGACGAGCAUCUCGACCGCGAUAUCUGGUCUGUCAACACCGAGCGUGUCAACUGGGAGACCAAGGUGGUGGAACGUCGACGCGUAAAAGCCGGAGAAGUCGCGAAUCUGUUGGACGACCUCGAACUGCGACGCGACGCAGCGACGUGGGCGCCUUCCGCGGAAGAUCUGGAGCAAGAGAAGUCGACAGCACGACCAAUCCGCCCAGAAGAUGUGCCCCCACCACCCCGCCAUGCAGAAGUACUGGAGACUUGGGGCAAGACUGUCGCCAAUUUUUCGAAUUUGGCCACUAUUGCGCCUGAACAACUCGCCCGCGCCGAGCGCGUGCAGGCGGUACAGGAAGAGAUUGCGCGCCUUCCUUAA